GAAUAUCUCUCGUCCAAAGGCUUUGUGCAUCGUGACGUAGCCGCCAGGAACAUACUUGUCAACGGAAAGAACUCCUGCAAAAUAGGCGAUUUCGGACUUUGCCGCAAUUUGUACUCGGAUAGUUCACUUUAUAAGAGCAAGGGUGGCCGUCUACCAUUGAAAUGGAUGUCACCAGAGGCCAUACGACAUUAUGAGUUUUCAGCACAGAGCGAUGUGUAA